CUCCUCCACUGGUGGAAGAAUAGGAAGAUUUCUAUGGUUCAUGCCUGGCUAUGGCCGAAUCCGUCGUCGGCCUUGGCCCUGGGAUGCAUUCCUUCUCCUCCACAGCAGCAGGCAUUGGGUCGCGGGCGGAGGGCUGGGAUUUGGAUUGCCGCUGCCAAGAGGCAGCAGUGGGAGGACGUCUGGGAGCCCAGACAAGUGACGCUCGACAAGGCGGAUCUCAUGCAGCUGGAAAUGCGUCGCAUGCUCGGAGAAUCUCGCGACCUCAGCAUUGCAAAGGUGGUGGCCAAGAAGCUCAAUCCAUCCGCCACUAAUCUCGAGGUGGAGAAGAUUGUCAAGCAGAAAGGUGUCAAGACGUUCCUCAGCCUGGUUGUCAAGGAGUCGGAUUUGGACGAGGAUCGAGAAGCAGCGAUUCAACGUAAGGAUGAAGCCAUGGACAAGUCCAGAAGCGAAGCGCCGCCGCCGGUCAUGCUCCCGCCAAGGCCUUCGUUUGGUGAUGGAGCUGCUUCUCCUCCACCUCGUCGUCAAGCUGGAGGUUUUGAGUUUGAGUGGCCCCGGGAAGCAGACGAGCUACGAAAGAAUUUGGAGGACGACUAUCGGGAUUUCUCCAGGCCCGAUAUCAUCCAGCUCUCUCCGAAGCCUAGAGGUGGUUCUUCGACGACACCACGCGUUGGUAAGCCUUUGGUUCCCAGGCUUCCAUCAUCGGAUGCUCAAAGGACGUCUCCUGGAAAAGCUAAAGCCCCGGAAAAGCCCGCUCCUGAGCUUCAUUCAAGACCGUCGAGGGGUGGCGGAGCUAAGGAAAUGUUUCCAGUCGCAGGUAUAACACCACAGCAGGCGCCUCCACCUCCAAAAAAGCUGCCUGUUCCCAGUCUCAGCUCCAGGCCUGCAAUCCCGCAGCCAGCUCCACCAUCACAUCAGCAAGAACAUACACCGGCAAAUGCCGUGCAAGAAAAACCAGACUUACACGUGCCUGAGCUCACGCUGAGACCUACAAUGCGGCUCCCAACUCCACCUGCAGAACCCGAACAGGAGUCCAAAGCUCCACCACAAACGAUUGCGAUGCAAGUUCCAAGCCUCACCUCAAGACCUGAAAUGCCGGCUCCUACUAGUAAAGCCGAACACGAAGCCCAACAGCAGAUGGGACCGGACUUAACAGGAGUGCCGAUACCAGAGAUGACUCCACCAGCAACGAUCCAAGAAGUAGAAGAUCUCGUAAAACUCGAGAAAGAACCAGACUUAACCGUUUCAGGUCUUGCUCCCAGGCCUGAGGUCCGGUCUUCAAAACUGGAGACGAAAGAACACUCGGAUAACCCGGCUUCAACCAGACAAGACAAGGAGUUACGAACUCCAAGUCUCACUUCGAGACCUGCGCUUCGGCCGUUAACACCACCUGCAGCAGAUGAGUUUUCAGCUGGAGAACGGCCUACAAGUGGACAAGAAAUACCUGUGCCUAGCUUGAGUGCCAAGCCUGCCGUGCCAGUGUCCGAAAAAUCCGAGGCGGCGGACAGUUUUGGAGAAGGGAAGGCGAUUCCCGGUGGUGUUGACAGUGGAAAUGGUUCCGCCGCUCAUCUAGAAAGUUCAUCUCCUCAACCAGCCAAGGUAGACCUGGAUGCUGUGCAAGCAAAGAAGCCUGCACCACGUCUUGUGCAAGAAACUGUGGCGGAAACUCCUGAUCAACAGGAAGAAAUAGACAAGGACUGGGCGCUAGCAGAGGUUGCUCUGGAUACAAGGGCAAUUCAAGACGUGUUGUUUAUUGGGAGCAAUGCGGGUGGAAUGAUCGUGCGAUUUGGUCACUUGAACGGUUUUGUUCCGGGAAAGGACUUGCUCGAGAGCCGAGGACUGAAAACUUUCAGGGCCUGGGCUAGAGAAAGGGGCCAUGAUGCCAAUCACACGAGCAUUUUGGACUCAUCUAGCUCGUCAGAGUCGACGUUUGCCGUGUCCAAGAUGAGCAACCAAGGCCUAACCGGCGAAGUUGAGAGUCAUUUGCUACAUCCAGCUUGCGACUCUGAUCUAGACAGGGUUUACAGGGAGGAAAGGCUCUCCUUCCUUUCAUCUUUAGUUGGCCAGAGAGCAAAGGUUACUGUGACGUAUGUGGAUAAAGCGAAGAAAAAGCUUGUUUUCUCCGAAAGGAAGGCCGCCCUCGAAGAUCCAGAGGUUACUCAGAGACGAGCUGAUUUGAUGGCAAAACUGAAGACUGGAGAUAUCGUGAAGGGAAGAGUCAGAAACAUCUCCCUCUUUGGUGUUUUUGUAGAGCUGGUUGAAGGUGUUAGUGGGCUGAUGCACUUCUCAGAGCUUUCGUGGACGCCUGUUCCUGAUCCGGCAAAGUUCGUAAACGUUGGCCAGGAAAUCGAGACAGCGGUACACAAACUCGAUUACGAUCGACAGCGUAUCUAUCUUUCUCUGAAGAGGAUGUCUCCAGACCCGUUGUUAGAGACCGUGGAAAGCAUGCUGGCCCGACAAGAAGACGUGAAUUCUAAUUCUGCAACUGAUCCACAAAUCCUCAGCAUUCCGGAGUUGGAGGCACUGCUUAAAAGGCUAGAAUCGCGACAGGAGAUCCAGGAAAUAGCGAAAGGGCGACGCGUGCAUAGUGCAUCAGUCGUUCCGACUUUUCAGGUGUACCUGUCUUCGGCGCAGCAUGACGAAGCGUACAAGUUACUUGCUCGCUCUGGCAACGAAGUCCAGGAGGUGCUGCUUCGCACAAGUCUGGAGCGAAGCACGCUCAAAUCCAUCAUAUCGGAGUAUACAACCAGUGUCCAGGAAGAAACAAUCUAGAUAACUCGGCUCCUAAGUCUGAGUUUUUUCGUUUCUUCCAGUGAGGCAUGCUAGAUCGAAGCUCUUGCCUGGAACUCAUACGUUCCUGUUGCUCCCUUCCAAAUGCAAGAAGGCUUCAUUCCCAGG